AUCGCGGGAAUUCGGAUCGACUCGCGUGGAUGGAUCGACCAACGAAAGCGUUCGCGCGAGACGCGGUGGUGAGAGCGAUGCGUCAACGCGCGACGUGCGGUGGGAUGUAUUCCUCAUCGGCGCGCGCGUGACGGUAUCGCUCGUUUAUUGAGACUUUAGAGCGUCGACGUCGCGUGGGCACCCCAUCCGUUCGUCGCGAGGCGAAGAAGCGUUCGUCGUGGCUGCGAGCGACGAACCACGCGCGGAUCGUUGUCGCCCGAACACACAGGGCUGGAUAAAACAACGCGCGCGCCUCGGCAACGGUACGAUGGGGAGCGACGUCACGCGAGAGUUUUCAGAAACGCCGCCUCGAGCGCUCGCGCGAACAAAUUUAUUGCGGCGAUGCGUUUCGCUCGAGCGAACGGCGAUCGGCUCUGAACGCGACUUAUUUUUUCAGUUUCGCGAGUUUACGACGCAAGCGGUGGGGACAAAAUCCGCGCAAACGAUGUCUAAACCACACAGAGCUCGAAUCCGUCGUUCGACUCGAGCGAACACCCUUCAUUGGAGAGAUGCGGCUUGCGGAUAUUUCUGGCCGGCUCGGCGGUUUCCAUUUUUUCAGCGAAACCGCCGCUUGGUUGAUCAAUUCGCUCGAGAUACGGAACUCACACUAGCCCUCGCGCGAUGCGCCCCGAAACUCGACCUCGACUACGCUCACGUAGAUUUAUUUUCGCUCGUUCUACGUGGCUCGACUCUCGCACUCUCGAUUUCCUGAAGGAUGAAAGUAUUGAUGAUUUCGCCGCGGCUAUUGCCCUUCCCCGUUUAUCACAGGAACUCUUCGGACAAGUCGGACGCGUGCUCAACGCUGGCAUCAACUACGGCCCCAACGGCAAGUCCAAGGGUACCGCCGAAGUCACGCUGGCCACGCUCGAAUCCGCGCUCAAGGCGGUGAAGACGUACAACGGAGUCAAGCUCGACGGCCGCCCGUUGAACAUCGUCAUCGUCGACGCUCCGCAACAACCCAAGCAGAAGCCGAUCACCCAACGUCUUUCUGGCUUGAAGCAGCAACCGAAGAACAAGAAUGGCAAGCAACAGCAAAAGAAGGCCCCUGUGCCCGCUCCCAAGCGCGGCAAGGCGACGCAAAAGGUUGUCGCCUCGGCCAAGAAAGCCGCGCCGAAGAAAAAGCCGGCGCGCAAGCCCAAAGAGAAGAAGGCGGCCCCCACCGCCGCGGACUUGGACGCCUCGUUGGACGCGUACAAGGCUUCUGCCGACGUCCAAAUGGCCGCUUAG